CAAUACAUCUUUCGUGGCAUAAAAAACACUGAUUUUUUAUUUUUGGCUUAAAUGAGAUGGUCAGAGUCAAAGACAACGAAUUUUCAAAGUGCUUCCAUAUCGUCUCUCCCUCUUCGUUUCCGUUCUCUUCUCCGACAAUGUGCACGCGCCACCUCCCUCCGCCCCGGCAAACAACUCCACGCUGCCGUAACCGUCACCGGCCUUCUCUCUUCUCCAAACCUUUUUCUCCGCAACGCUCUUCUCCAUCUGUACGCAGCAUGCUCUCUCGUUUCACACGCCCGCAAACUGUUUGAUGAAAUUCCUCACUCGCAUAAAGACUCGGUAGAUUAUACUGCUCUCAUUCGUAGCUCUUCUCCCUUUGAAUCCCUCAAACUGUUCCUCCAAAUGCGUCAGCUAGGUCUUCCUGUUGAUGGGGUCGCCAUGGUUUGUGCCCUCAAUGCUAGUGCGAGACUGGGGGAUUCUAAUGUUGGGUCUCAAAUGCAUGUUGGUGUGGUGAAGUUCGGGUUUGAGAAGUUUGACAAGGUGUGCAAUGCUUUGAUGAAUGUGUAUGUCAAGUUUGGGCUUCUGGGUGAGGCUAGAAAGGUGUUUGAAGAGAUUGAAGUUCCUAGUGUUGUGUCAUGGAGUUGUUUUUUGGAAGGGUUAGUGAAAUGGGAGAGUGUGGAGAGUGGGAGGGCUGUAUUUGAUGAAAUGCCUGAGAGGAAUGUCGUUGCUUGGACUGUUAUGAUUGCUGGUUAUGUUGGGAAUGGAUAUACAAAAGAAGCAUUAUCACUUAUGAAAGAAAUGGUUUUCGGGUGUGAGUUUGGGUUGAAUUGUGUUACCUUGUGUUCUGUUUUGUCUGCUUGUUCUCAAUCUGGGGAUGUAUUUGUCGGUAGGUGGGUUCAUGCUUAUGUUGUUAAGGAAAUGGGGCUGGGUUUUGGUGUUAUGGUGGGGACUAGUUUGGUUGAUAUGUAUGCGAAAUGUGGAAGGAUAAAUGCUGCAUUGAUGGUGUUCAGGAAGAUGUUAAAUAGGAAUGUGGUGACUUGGAAUGCCAUGCUUGGCGGGUUGGCAAUGCAUGGGAUGGGGAAAGUUGCUGUGGAUAUGUUCUCUUCGAUGGUGGAAGAAGUGAAACCGGAUGGUGUGACUUUUAUGGCCUUGUUAAGUGCUUGUAGCCAUUCAGGUUUUGUUGAAAAGGGUUGGAAAUAUUUUCAUGAUCUUGAGUCUGUUUAUGGGAUCAAGCCAGAAAUCGAGCAUUAUGCUUGCAUGGUAGGUAUUCUCGGUCGAGCUGGACGUUUAGAAGAAGCUGAGAUUUUCGUAAAGAAUAUGCCAAUUCCUCCAAAUGAGGUUGUUUUAGGGUCCCUUCUUGGUUCUUGUUUUGCGCAUGGUAAGUUGCAGCUAGGGGAAAAGAUCAUGAGAGAGUUGGUUGAGAUGAAUCCUCUCAACACCGAGUAUCAUAUCCUGCUUUCCAACAUGUAUGCGUCGUCUGGAAAAGUAGACAAAGCGAAUUCACUUAGGCAGGUUCUGAAGAAAAGGGGCAUCAGAAAAAUGCCGGGAAUGAGUUCCAUAUAUGUCGACGGCAAACUUCAUCAGUUCAUUGCCGGGGAUAAGUCACACACAAAAACUUCAGAAAUUUACAUGAAAUUAGACGAGAUGAUUUGCAAAUUGAGGUCAGGCGGCUAUAUUCCGAACACAAGUUGUCAAGUUUUGUUUGGUUGUUCCAAUAGGGAUGAUUAUAGUGAAGAAGCAUUGGAGGAGGUAGAACAAGUAUUGUUCACUCAUAGUGAGAAGUUGGCACUGUGUUUUGGCCUAAUGAGCACACCAUCUGGUUCUCCUUUACAUAUUUUCAAGAACCUGAGGAUAUGCCUAGACUGUCAUUCUGCUAUUAAGAUUGCCUCGGAUAUAUACGGACGCGAAAUCGUUGUCCGAGAUCGUUAUCGUUUUCAUAGUUUCAAGCAUGGUUCUUGUUCUUGUUCUGAUUAUUGGUGAAUCACCCUUUUUCAUAUAUAUAUUUAAUAGUUUUAUUUUCUUCUUUUUAUUGUAAUUAACUUAAAAAAAGAAAAGAAAAAUCAUGUGGGAUAAUAAUUGAAAUAUGAAAAAACAAAAAUGUCUUAAUUGCACCAAAACCUCACGCUAUUAUUGCUUGCCAAACAUGCCAACUUUGAAUUAUGCAAGCUUUGUUAAGUCUUAAUCAUACCAAAUCACAUGUAUUUAAAGAAUUAAUUAAUUAAUUACAAUUAAUUUACAGAUGAAAAAUGAAAGACAUUGUUAUGAUCCAUUGGUUCAAUUGAUGAACAACAUGUUUAGACUGAAUUCUUGAUGGAUUUGUAUCUUUUGAAACUGUUAUAAUCUGCCAAUAAUCUACCAUGAAAUUCCUGCUUCAUUUCAUUCCACAUUGUUUGGAAAAUCUGUUAAAUCAAAUUAACCAAUCAAAAACAUGUUUAAUUAGACAUUAAUAUAGUAUAUAUAUGAAGAAAGAUAAACAAACCACUCUAACCAAUUCUAAUGCAUCUUGUAAGACAUGUUCAGGAACAAAAACCAUUGCUGGUGAAACUAUAAAGCUUAUCUUCAUCUCCAUUUGAUUCUUGAGCCAACUGCGUUUUCCUCUUCUUUCUGGAUGUAUAGUACCUUUUACAUCUAAACUGAAAUGGUAUGGAUCAUUGUAAAAGCUAUUAA